UUUUUUUACUUAAUUUUUUUUGGUGGGGUUUUUCCUAUAGUUAUAAAGAUAUAUUGUAUGUGUGUGUAUAUAUAUGGCGUCAUUGUUUCAUCAUUAUUCUACUCGUGUUAGCCUAUCCCCAAAUUCUUGCUCCCCUUCGCCUUAUUGUUCUUCAACCUCUUCUUCCAGUCUUCGCCCAAGGUUUAAUCGGAAAUUCAUCAGCCUUUCAGAUAUGAAUAAUCUCUGGAAAAAUUUAAGCCUAAAAGCUCUUUCCAUGGCUACAACUCAAGGAGACAUUGCAUCUCCGAGUGGCAUCGUUGAUGAAGGAGAUAACCCUGAGCAUCUUCUUGUCCUUGUUCACGGCAUCAUGGGAAGCCCGGGUGACUGGACUUAUGUACAAGCAGAGCUGAAGAGGCAGCUGGGAAGAAAUUUUAUGAUCUAUGCAAGCUCCGCUAACGCCUACACCAAAACAUUUACCGGGAUUGAUGAGGCUGGAAAACGACUAGCGGAUGAAAUUAUGCUAGUCGUGAAAGAGAGAAAGAGCCUAAAAAAGAUAUCUUUUCUAGCUCAUUCUCUCGGUGGAUUGAUUGCGAGAUAUGGAGUUGCUGCUCUUUAUACCCCAAUCGUAUCUAGCGAUUUGUCUACUGGAAACAGAAACCCACUGAGCUCUUCAAAUAACGGGUUGAUUGCUGAGCUGGAACCGAUCAAUUUUAUCACGUUGGCAACCCCGCAUCUUGGAGUUAGAGGCAACAAGCAGCUUCCGUUUCUCUUUGGAGUCUCGAUCUUGGAAAAACUUGCUGCACCAAUGGCUCCCAUUUUCGCUGGUCACACCGGUAGUCAGCUCUUCCUUACAGACGAAGAACCUAACAAACCGCCUCUUCUGCUACGAAUGGCAUCGGAUUGUGAAGAUGGGAAGUUUAUAUCUGCACUCGGUGCUUUCAGAUCCCGCACGAUUUAUGCUAACAUCUGUUAUGACCAUAUGGUCGGUUGGCGCACAUCCUCUAUAAGAAGGGAGACGGAACUUAUUGAGAAGCCACCUACACGAUCUUUGGACGGUUACAAGCACGUUGUCGAAGUUGAACAUUGCCCCCCCAUUUCAUCGGACGGUCCUCGUUUCCCUCCCGAAGCAACCAAAGCGAAGGAGGCUGCUCAAAACGAACCCAGCACACAAAAUACAUUAGAAUAUCACGAAAUUCUGGAAGAGGAAAUGAUACGCGGCUUGCAACAACUGGGGUGGAAGAAAGUUGACGUUAGCUUCGAGUCUGCACCCCUGCCCUUCUUUGCUCAUAACAAUAUCAAUGUGAAGAACGAGCGGAUUCAUAAUGCUGGAGCUGGAGUUAUUGCUCAUGUCGUCGACACCAUAAAGCAACAAGAAUCCGACACACUGGUUGCUGCUACCUUGUAGCACUUGUAAUUGCAAACAGGUGUUUAAGAAUUAAGAAUUAAGAAUUAAGAAUAUAUAUAUAUAUAUAUAUAUAUACACACACAGGGCUGUAUACUGUACAUUCUGAUAUGGAUUACAAAUAUUAUCAAAAUCUGAUUCUUUCUUCCUGUUUGAUCCUAAA